AUGUUAUCAUCCAUGAGAAGAAAAGUCCUGGAUGGGCUCAAUAGAAGAUAUAUCUAUGGUCGCGUGCCCUUGUUACAUACUAUCAUAUUCUUGAUUGAGAUGGCAGCCGCAAUGCGUCUUGCAUCUAAAUUCAACUCCUACUAUGCCGAAAAACCCAUCUUGACCACCAUGGUCACUAACGCUGUGCUCGGCGGGAUCGCGGACACAGUGGCACAGCUGAUUACGGCAUUCAAAACUCGCAGGAGGAGGAGAGUAUCAGAUGCCGGCGAUGAUUUGAUCUCCAUUGAAAUCCACGACCUUGGCAAGGAGAAGCCGCCUGCCGUCGGGGAACUCGGCUUCUCAAAGAACUCGCCCCCUCCGUUCGACUUCGAGCGCCUGACCCGAUUCAUGUCGUACGGUUUUCUCAUGGCACCGGUCCAGUUCCAGUGGUUCAGGUUCCUGUCAACAACCUUUCCACUCACCAAAAAGAACCCGACGGUUCCAGUGUUGAAGCGGGUUAUUGUCGAUCAGUUGAUGUUUGCUCCCAUCGGACUUGUCUGUUUCUUUUCAUUCAUGACAAUUGCCGAAGGUGGAGGUAAACGGGCUUUACUUCGCAAGUUCCAGGACGUCUAUCUUCCUACACUGAAAGCCAACUUUAUUCUUUGGCCUGCUGUGCAGAUUCUGAACUUCCGCGUGGUCCCUAUUCAGUUCCAGAUUCCCUUUGUUUCGACUAUUGGUAUCGCAUGGACUGCGUAUCUGUCCCUGACCAACUCCUCCGAAGACGAGUAA